UUAAAAUAUGACAAAAACAAGUUCCGGAGAAAGUUCUUGCUCCUCACCAACAUCCUCGUCCAAUAAUGAUAAUGUGUCUUCAGCAGAGAAUUCUGUCAAGAGCAUCAAGAAGAAAAAGUCCAUACUUCCAAAGAUUUUCAGCUCCAAGAAAAGUGGGAAAAAUUCGGACGAUGAAGUUUCUGAUCCAGAGUGCGACAAGAAACUUGCAGAACGGAAACAAGCUUUCUUGGACGACUCUCUAAUGAUCAGGAAGAGUUUCUCAGAAAGAAAGACAAAUUCACAUCUUGAAGGGUUGGAUUUGUCAAACUUUGAUUCAUUAGCAUCAGUAACAGCUGUAGCGGAAAGCAUAGAUUAUCGGAUAUUUGUGGGAACAUGGAAUGUAGGUGGUAGAACUCCAACUAAUGAGCUCAAUCUCGAUGAUUUGUUGCAAGCUGAAGGUUCUUGUGAUAUCUAUGUAGUUGGGUUUCAGGAAAUAGUUCCUUUAAAUGCAGGAAACGUAUUGGUGAUAGAGGAUAAUGAACCAGCAGCAAGAUGGCUAGCCUUAAUAAACCAAGCACUAAAUCGACAAAACCAUGAUUCUUCCUGUGAUUCAAGCCCUAGUGCAAAAUCAUCCAAGGAUGCGAAAUCAAACUUUUUCCAAAAACCAAAUCUAAAAGUUGUUAGUAAGAAUCUAAGAGUUGACAGCAGUCUUGUUAAGACCUGUAAUUGUUGUUUGGAUUCAGUAACACUAGUUCCAGAAAGGUAUAGACCAAGACGUAUACAUGACAAUCCUUUCCAACAUCGAUAUAGCAGCAGCUUUGAAGAACUUUUCUCAGUUGUACCAGGAUCAACUGGCUGCCAUGGUCUUGCUGAAUAUAAUCUCAUUUCAAGUAAACAAAUGGUUGGCCUUUUUCUUUCUGUUUGGGCUCGAAAAGAAUUGAUUCCAUAUAUUGGCCAUCUUAGAGUUUCUUCCAUGGGUACCGGCAUUAUGGGUUGUUUAGGGAACAAGGGAUGUAUUUCAAUCAGCAUGACACUCCACAAAACAAGCUUGUGCUUUGUAUGUUCUCACUUGGCUUCAGGACAGAAAGAAGGAGAUGAGCUGAAGAGGAAUGCAGACGUAGCAGAGAUCUUGAAAGGCAUGCAAUUUCCAAAGAUAUGCAAGAACUCUGACAAAAAGGCACCUGAGAAGAUCAUUGAUCAUGACCGAGUCCUUUGGUUUGGAGAUCUUAAUUAUCGCGUUUCUUUGCCUUAUGAAGAAGCUAGGUUACUGCUAGAGGACAAUGAUUGGGAUACCCUCCUUGAGAAAGAUCAGCUGAAGAUAGAAAGAGCAGGUGGCAGAGUAUUUUGCGGAUGGAAAGAGGGACGAGUAAUGUUUGCACCCACUUAUAAGUACACUCAAAAUUCAGACAUGUAUGCCGGAGAGACAGCUAAGUCUAAGAAGAAACGACGUACACCAGCAUGGUGUGAUAGGAUAUUAUGGCAUGGACAAGGUAUUGAACAAUUACACUACGCUAGAGGUGAAUCAAGGUUCUCCGAUCACCGCCCUGUUUGUGCUGUAUUUACAGUAGAUGUGGAGGUGAGGCGUAAAAUUAGCUCAAAGUUCAGGAAAGGUUACUCAUGCACUAGCUCCAGAUUUAAUAAUGACUGCAUGCUCCAACGCCAUAGCUUCUAUGAUUACUGACUUUUAACAUUUACAACAUCUUUGUAUAUUUUUGAUUAGGUCAUUUUUGUGUAAAGAGAGACAUACAGUAGCAGUAGUAGCAAUCUACAGUUUUGGUAUAGUAACUAUAUGGUGUAACUACAUUAAGUGUUACCUCAUCAGUGCUAGCUUCUCAGUAAGCCUACUGACAGACAAAUUGGCUAGGCAGAUGAAUUUAAUGGAUGUUGUUUGGUGUAGGUUCAAUUUGUAAAUGUAUUAAUUGCUCUCUUUCUCUUUUGAAUUGUAUCUACUUAUU